AUAAAACUUGUGAUAACGUUUCUAGAAAAUGCUGCUUCAUAAUUGCUUUUUAAUUCUUUCAAUCUGUCUGUUAUUACACACUGCAAUAACUUCAGCUAAACUGAGGUGUCGUAAGAAUGAAGUCCUUGUGAUGAACCCGACGCCAUGCGCCGACCGCGUCUGUCCCCGAAAUGCAAAGGCGCUGCGUGAGGCCUGCAUCACUCCUAGCCACAUCAAACUGCCCCCAAAAUGCGUUUGCAGAUUCAACUACAGCCGCGACCGACGGGGGAGGUGCAUUCCUACACAUUCUUGCCCUCCCAUUGCGUGUGGGCACAAUGAGAUAUUCGACGCAUGCCCACCGCAAUGUCCCAGUGACGACUGUAGCCAAGCUACGCCAUCAGGCCGAUGCCCAAUUGUGGGCCGAAUCGGCAUCGUGACGCAGUGCAGGCCACAAUGCCGCUGCGCCUACCACCACUGGCGUAAAAACAACGUCUGCGUACCUUACGAACAAUGCAAUAUAACACCGAUUAAAAGAGAGCCACGUUCGUGUAAUGCAACUACGGAAAAUAUAUAGAUGUUUAAUUCUCUUUAUGAAUAAAUAAUAUUACAAUUGUAUUAAAAACAAUAAACAACUUUAUACGAAGAAUUAUUUAUUGAAAAUGAUAAAGUAAGUUUUUAUAGAGGCGAUGUUUUUAGGAUAACUUGAGUUCUGGUUAAAACAUCCGUGGGUUUCCAUAGUUGAAAUAGACAUACAAAAAUAUAUCUAUCUCUUUCAUUACUAUCACUGUCAUCUUGUCCUUGUCCCACACGUGGAGUCGGUGCACCAGGUUUUAUAAACGUUAAUUAAAGUUUUGGUUAAAAAAAACAUAAGCAUAACUAUAUAAGCGAACGUACCCAUACUACGUGACAC